CCUAUUGGCCCCUACAGCAAGAGAGGGACAAUUGUUUAAGUCGACCUCUGGGUCCGGAACCGCGGGUAAAGAUGGCGGCGGCCAGGUGGUGGAGGCCUAUGCUUCGCGGUCCGAGCCUUUCAUUGCACACCGCGGCUAAUGCCGCCGCCACGGCUACAGAAACGACCUGCCAAGAUGUCGCGGCGACCCCCGUCGCGCGGUACCCGCCGAUUGUGGCCUCCAUGACAGCCGACAGCAAGGCGGCACGGCUGCGGCGAAUCGAACGCUGGCAGGCGACGGUGCACGCUGCGGAGUCGGUAGACGAGAAGCUGCGAAUUCUCACCAAGAUGCAGUUUAUGAAGUACAUGGUUUACCCGCAGACCUUCGCGCUGAACGCUGACCGCUGGUACCAGUACUUCACCAAGACCGUGUUCCUGUCGGGUCUGCCGCCGACCCCCGCGGAGCCCGAACCCGAACCCGAACCCGCGCUGGACCUCGCGGCGCUGCGUGCAGUCGCCUGCGACUGCCUGCUGCAGGAGCACUUUUACCUGCGGCGUAAACGGCGCGUGCACCGUUACGAGGAGAGCGAGGUCAUAUCUUUGCCCUUCCUGGAUCAGCUGGUGGCAACCCUCGUGGGCCUCCUCAGCCCACACAACCCGGCCCUGGCCGCUGCCGCCCUCGAUUAUAGACGCCCAGUUCAUUUUUACUGGGUGCGUGGUGAAGAAAUUAUUCCUCGUGGUCAUCGAAAAGGUCGAAUUGAUAACUUGCGAUACCAGAUAGAUGAUAAACCAAACAACCAGGUUCGAAUAUCCAAGCAACUCGCAGAGUUUGUGCCAUUGGAUUAUUCUGUUCCUAUAGAAAUCCCCACUAUAAAAUGUAAACCAGACAAACUUCCAUUAUUCAAACGGCAGUAUGAAAACCGUAUAUUUGUUGGCUCAAAAACUGCAGAUCCUUGCUGUUACGGUCACACCCAGUUUCAUCUGUUACCUAACAAAUUAAGAAGGGAAAGACUUUUGAGACAAAACUGUGCUGAUCAGAUAGAAGUUGUUUUUAGAGCUAAUGCUAUUGCAAGCCUUUUUGCUUGGACUGGAGCACAAGCUAUGUAUCAAGGAUUCUGGAGUGAAGCAGAUGUUACUCGACCUUUUGUCUCCCAGGCUGUGAUCACAGAUGGAAAAUACUUUUCCUUUUUCUGCUACCAGCUAAAUACUUUGGCACUGACUACACAAGCUGAUCAAAAUAACCCUCGUAAAAAUAUAUGUUGGGGUACACAAAGUAAGCCUCUUUAUGAAACAAUUGAGGAUAAUGAUGUGAAGGGUUUUAAUGAUGAUGUUCUACUUCAGAUAGUUCACUUUCUACUGAAUAGACCAAAAGAAGAAAAAGCACAGCUGUUGGAAAACUGAAAAAACAUACUUGAUUGAGAACUUUGGGAAUAAAUUUUACUGAAGGAACAGUAAUGAGAUUUGUAACUGUCAACUAUUAAAUACAUUGAUUUUUGAGACAAAUAUUUCUUAUGUCAGCCUGUUAUUAGAUCUCUUACUCUGCUGAAAUUCGUCACUGAAAGAUUUAAUUUUAGUUACCUUUUAUUGAUUUAAAAAUAAUUGCAUUUGUGUAUUGCUAACUGAUAAGACAAAUUGAGUUAUUGAGCUAUUAAAUGCACAUUUUAAUAUAAAUGCAGAAAUCCCAAAUAAAAUACUAACAUACUGAAUUCAGUAAUUAAAAGAACCCCCUGCAGCCGGGUGCACUGACUCACGCCUGUAAUUCCAACACUUCGGGAGGCCAAGGUGGGUGGAUCACUUGAGUCCAGGAGUUUGAGACCAGCCUGGGCAACAUGGCAGAACCCCAUCUCUACUAAAAAUACAAAAAUUAGCCUGGCCUGAUGGUGCAUGUCUGUAAUCCCAGCUACUCCGGAGGCUGAGGCGCAAGAAUUGCUGGAACCCGGGAGGCAGAGUUUGCAGUGAACCGAGAUUGUGCCACUGCACUCCAGCCUGGGCGACAGAGCAAGACUCUGUCUCAAAACAAACAGAAGAACCCACUACAGCAGGGUAGAAAAUCAAUUCAGUAAUGGACUAAUGUUAGGAGUAAUGCUAAUACAGAACAUUAGUUGUUCAAAGGAGAAAGAAGGCUUUGAUAGAAUUCUCAAUCUUGGUUUUAAAAGAAAAGAUAGAUAUUAAUAGGACAGUAUAAUGGUGAAACAUAAGGGAUAACCCUAUUGAAAUCAAAUUAAGCUUUGAACUUUACAUGCUUUAUUUGCUAAUCCAUUCCAAGUGCCUAGAUUCAUAGAAGUAAGAAAUCAAUAAAUGUUGGUUGAAUGGAUGUGAAUUAAUGAAUUUAAGGUAGUCAACCUUUUUAGUUUAAGAUCUGGUAUAUCUUCUUAUUUACUUGCUUUUUUUUUUGAAACAGAGUUUUUGCUCUUGUUGCCCAGGCUAAAGUGCAAUGGCACAGUCUCGGCUCACUAUCACCUCCAUGUCCUGGGUUUAAGCGACUCUCCUGCCUCAGCCUCCCAAGUAGCUGGGAUUAAUUACAGGCAUGCACCAUCAUGCCUGGAUAAUUUUUUGUAUUUAAUAGAGACGGUGUUUCACCAUGUUGGUUAGGCUAGUCUUGAACUCCUGACCUCAGGUGAUCCACCCACCUCGGCCUCCCAAAGUGCUGGGAUUACAGGUGUGAGCCACUGUACCUGGCGUAUUUACAUCUUUUAUUUCUCAGCAAAGUUUAGAGUUUCUUUUAUCUCCAUGCAUUUCCUAUGUAUGCCUACAUUUUUGUGUAGUUGGAAAUGGAUUUUCUUUCCAAUUUUAUACUUUAUAGUUUUCAAAAGUGGCUUUAUAUAGGUGAUACUGAUAGCUAUAUAUUUAUUUUGUAAAAGAUCAGACCAAUUUAAGUUGUUCAUUAAAGCCAAUAAUUUUUCAGCUGAUUCUCAUGAGGUGUAUAUAACCAAUCUGAUUUGGGUUCUUCUGAAACUGCUUAUCAAAUGGGUAGCCAUUAGUCCCUACAUAGCAAAAUCCACUGGACAGUUUUCUGUAUUGUACUCAGUAAGGUCUGACACAUUUUGCAUGGUUGACCACUCCUUCGUUCUUAAAGUAGUCUUUUUAUUGCCUUCAGUGAAACAUGUUCUUGGUUUGCCUUCUAUCUCAUUGGCUAUUCUGUCAUAUUUCUCUUUGCUGUUCUUCCUCUCACUUUUCUUCAAAUAUUGAUGUACUUUUUUUUUCUUUUCUAAACUCCAUUUUUGUUUAACCAUACUCUCCCUAGAUGAUUUUAUCAAAUUCCAUGGAUUUAAAUAUAUUUGUAAGCACAUUCAAAUUUAGUUUGGUUUCAACUUUGUGUUUUGUAUCUGAAUGAUAAGCAUCAGCAUUAUAACUAAACAGACUGUGUGAUUAAGAUUAUGCUCAAUUUUUCCCUCUAAUUAUCUGAUUUUCAUAAUUACCCCCCAGAAUGUGAGAACAUUAUUUUUAUAAUCAGAAAGUAUUUUAAGAAACUAGUUGAGUGGACUCUAAUAUGGAACUAUCAACAUGUAUCAAAUUCCACUUAAUUAUAAGCAAAUUCAUUAUGAAAUUAUAUUGUAUUUGAAAAAGCAUUUCAUGAUUACAUUUGUUAUUUAAGAAAAUGUUAUUUAAAGAAAUUUUUGUAAGUUUCAUUAUACAUGUAUUUUAGCUUACUCAUCUUUGGAAAUGGAAAACUUAGAUACUAGGCAAGAGGGCUUUAGAUUUUUUAAUGAGAUAUUUUAAUAGACCAGUACCUAGGUCUUAAUAUUUGGGUUUUUCAAAAAUUUACAUUGAAAUCCUAAUCCCCAUGACUAUAGUAUUAGGAGGUAAGGCCUUUUGGAAGGUGACUGGAGCAGGGCAGCACCUUCAUGAAUGGAAUUAGUGCCCUUAUAAAAUAGACCCAAGGGAAUUUUUUCAUCCCUUACACCCUGUGAGAACAUGGUGAGAAGGCACCAUCUAUGAGCCAGACCAAACACUGAGGAUCUAUGAUCCUCACCAAACACUGAAUCUGCUGGUGCCUUGAUCUUGGACUUUCUAGCCUCCAGAACUGUGAGAAACAAAUUUCUGCUGUUUAUAAGCUGUUCAGUUAAUGGAAUUUUGUUAUUGUAGCCCAAAUAUACUAAGACAACGAAUAUAGUUAAAAUUACUAUGCCCGUUGCACUUUAUAUUAAGUUCUAGUGUACGUUGUGUAAUGCUUACAUUAAAUAAAAGGUAAGGUUAAUUUACAUAAAACAUGUUUAGGUAGGAUAAUUGUAAAAAUUAUUAGAGAAAUUGGUAAAAUUGUGGCUUUGGAUAGAGGCAGGAGAAAGAAAAGAGCAAGGCACUAGUGAGAAAAAUUGCCAUGGAGAAUAUUGAGAAUAGAUACAAAGAGACCUACAGGUUUACAACAUUAAUAUUGGCCAAUACUUGAUUGGACAGUUCGAAUUUUUCAACCUGAAAGGCCUUUGUUCCCCAAAGUUUGGUAAGGAGAUUUUGUAAAGACAAACAACAAUAGCAAUAAAAAAUAAUCAGGGAAGAUGAAGAGAUUCCAUAAGGAGCAAGAAUUUAUAGGUAAUAUUUCAAAGGUAUAGAUAUGAUUACUAUUUUGGUGAAUAAUAAGCACAUGGUAGACUGAAAUUUGGCAACAGCUACUGUGCAAAUAAACAUAUCUGUGAUUAUGGCUUAUAUCGGGUUGGAGACCCGGGCUAUAAGCCAUUCUUUUUAGUACAGAUUAAUCUCCAUUUCUCAAUCACAGUUCUGUUCUUUUCCUCUGUGGGAAAUACUGAAUUCUGUUUCAGAUUUUGAUUGUCUUUUGUAUUCUUUGUCAUCCAAUAGAAUUGCACAUUUCACUUUGUAACAUUUUUUAUAAAUAGCGUUUGACACUUGAAACUGGCUUUUGAGUCUUCUAUAAUAGUUUGUGCAGAAGUCUGAGGUUUAAUAUUAUGAUGGCCUUAUUCAUACUGUAGAAAUAUAUACUGCAGCAAUAUGCACCCAAAUGGUCAAUAAGCUUUAUAAAUGAACUAGCUAGAUUUUUAGUUUUGAUUUUAAUUCUUGGUUUGAAUUACUAAAAGCUACCUUAACCUUAGGAAAAUGAAAGCUUACAUGAGGUUUAGCUACUUACAAAGUAUUUCUUUGUGUCUCCAGUUCAUGUGAAACCUGACUUUUAUUUAUAAUUUUAUGUUAUGAGCACUUUUAUUAGGAUCUUUUUAAGACUCUCAAGAGUUUUCUCUGAGUCAUUAUUAAUAGUACUAAUAAACAAGGUGAGUAGGAUUUAAAACUGAAAGGAGCAUCAGAGAUAAUUGAGCUUUGUUUGUGCCAUUCAUUGUUACCCUAUGCAAUGUCUUCUGUUUGUUUUUUAAUUAAUUGCCAAUAUUUAACAAGAGAAUCAUAGAACAUUCAUUAUUCCAGAUUCUCUUGAAAAACUGGAAGAUCUGGCAACUCUGGUUUUAUGUUCUUACAUGUUAACAAUAUACAGGGGCUGGAAUUACCUGCUCUGAGUCCCUUUAGACAUGCAUACUCUCUCCAAUUGGCCACUUCUCAUUUCUCCUCUCUUGGCCCACAUCAUUGGACCUGUCUACUAAUUUCUAUUAAAUAUUUUGUUACUGAGGCUGUUAGUUUAUGACCUGUGAGGCCAAGACAGCUGUUAAGAACUUGCAUUAUUAGUGGCAAAAUUAUACCUUUAUGAUUACUUACUAGGCUUUAGAAAUCUCACUUUUCUAACGAGAUAUUAUGAUAAUCAUAAGUUCCAAAGAAUUCAAGUUCAUUUGAGAUAAUUAAAACCUCUAGUCUUUGGGUUGGAGGGUGAUAAAGUUAUCUGGCGAAAUACAUGAACUUCUGGUACCUUACUCUUCUGCUAAAUGAAUGGUAAAAUGAAUCUUGAUUUGUUUAGGCAGUUUACUUAUGAAGUUGGGAGAAUUUUUUUUUUUUUUUUUCUUUAAAGUACUGAGUCUGGCUCUGUUGCCCAGGCUCAAGUACUGUGGAUUUUGGCUCACUGCAGCCUCCACCUCCUGGGUUCAAGCAGUUCUCCUGCCUCAGCCUCCCGAGUAGUUGGGAGCCAUCAUGUCCGGCUAAUUUUUGUAUUUUUAGUAAAUGGGGUUUCACCAUGUUGGCCAGGCUGGUCGUGAACUCCUGACCUCAAGUGAGCCGCCUACCUGGUCUCCCAAAGUGCUGGGAUUAUAGGUGUGAGCUACUGUGCCUGGCCUGAGGUUGGGAGAAAUUUUGUCCAUUUCUCUAGAACCAAAAUUGGCAACCAGAAAGUAUUUGGAUGUUACACAAAAUAUUUAGUUUCCCUUUCUAGACUAAAUUGGGUUGUUUAUAGCACCCCUCUCUCCAUUUGAGAAAAAUGGUUAGGAUGCUUGUGCAGGGAUGAGGCUUUAUUAGAAUAGAGAAGGUGCCCAAAUAGUGGUUCAAACACAGGCUGGCUAAUAAGCUGUGAGGUGACUUACCAAAGAACAGACAACAACAACAAAAACUCUUGAACUUCUGCUUUCAAUUUCUACUUUAUGCUAGAUUAUUUGGUUCAGUCUUCCUGGUCUAACACCUGAUUACAGAUCACAACAAACAUCUGCUUGAAUGUGUUGGAAAGGUGAUGAUUAAUUGCCAGGCUGAUGUAUUAAAUAAAAUGGAAAUCCCAAAAGUU